AUGUCCGAUAUAGAUUCCAAUGAAUCCAUUUCCACUAGCAACUCAGAAGCCAACAAAGCAAAUGCAAAACAGCAAUGGGAGCGCAUCAUGAGCAUCUUUGCCACACAACUAAUGUCAUUCCGUCGUACGAUUCUCUGGAAUCGUCGCCAAACUAUUCAGAGAAUCCGUAAUCGACAAAGAAUCCAUCGCAAUCAAUACCUCCAUCAGAUGAUGAGCAUUCAGAAUGAGUUCCUAAUGCAAUUGCCUAUUACUGCCACAAAAAAAUUCAUUCGCGAUGCAGAUUCUCGUUUCUGGGAAGGUGUGGUGCCUACUUACACCGACGAACAGUGGCUAGAGACAUUUCGAAUGUCCCGAAAGACCUUUCACUGGAUCUGCGACAGAUUGGACGUCACAAUGCGCCCCAAUGGCGCCUCAGUUCCAUUAAAGAAUCUGAUCAAUCUCCAGAAGCGAGUUGCUCUCUCGAUAUACACCCUAGCGACUGGUGACGACUAUCGUAUGGUCGCCGAGCUCUUCGGGGUGUCUCGGACAUCUGUGUGCAAAUUCAUAAAACGCUUUGCAGAUUCUAUCAUUGAAGAAAUGGCCUCAUUCCUGCUGGUGAUGCCUCAGGACGAGGCCGAAUACGAUGUGAUUCGACAGACAUUCCAAGCAGCGUCAUCGUUGCCCAAUGUCGUAGGUUGUUUGGGUUUCUGUUUGAUCCCGAUCAAUGCCUCGGCAAACAACGCCGAGCUCUAUGCCAAGCCCAAUGGUGGUACAUCCAUAACGAUGCAGGCCCUGAUCGAUGACAAACUUUUAUUCCGAAAAGUAAGCAUGGUCCCCAAUUCUCCAACAAUGUUCAUGGACUCUCCGCAGGAGCUAAUAAUGACAAAAUCACAACCAGUUGGAGACCGCCUCGUCCCUAGCUUCGUCAUAUCUCCCAAUCAAUAUUACCCCUUGAAUUCUUGGCUCAUGCAGAAGUACCCCAACCCACAGACGCCGCAGCAGCACGCCUUCAAUGAGGCCGUUGAUAAUGUUCUCGAUUUCAAGGAGAAUGCCUACAUGCGCCUCUUUGCCCGUUGGCGCAUCCUCCAACGCAAAUACGACCUAGAAGCCCGAACCAUCGAAGCCAUAGCGAUGGCCUGCUGCGCUCUGCACAAUCUCCUCGAGGAAAACGAAGAUGGUUAUCGUGAGGAGUGGGGCGACUCCGUGGACACGUCAAAAUGCAACCCCACCUUCGAGGCAGACAGGAGGAAGGACUCCAAACAAGCCCUAAAGACAAGAGACUACCUAACCCAGACAAUUUAUAAUUCUAGCGAAAUUCAAAGAUAGAAGAAAAUAAAAACAAAUAGAUUUUGUGUUAAGUCAAUAAAAAAACGGUUCUUUGUAUUUCUCUUCUACAAAACAUAUGCUUAGUACAAUCGCUGUGGUGGUCCCAUGGAUGACUUGAUGUGCAGGGAACGGACGUUUUGCCAAUGCUUCUUCAGCAGCGAGACCAAGAAAUUGAUCGACAAAUGGAUGUUCUGGACCAACUCAUCGGGCUUCAUGUCAACGUGACCGACGGCGACGGACAGACACAAGACUU